UAACAAGUUGAAGCUUGAACGAUGAAUGCAAAGAAGCCUUAUUUGGCUGUGGUUCUCGUUCAAACUAUUUAUGCUGGUAUGUUCCUGCUCUCCAAGGCUGCAUUCAAUAAUGGAAUGAACAACUUCGUCUUCGUCUUCUAUAGACAGGCUGCUGCAACAAUAUUCUUAGUUCCUUUCGCCAUUUUCUUUGAAAGGAAGAGAGCACCACCAUUGUCAUUCCGUCUCUUCUGCAAGAUUUUCCUGCAUUCUCUACUUGGGAUUACCUCCAGCUUGGAUAUCUAUGGUGUCUCUCUAGUUUAUACAUCUGCAACGCUGGCCUCUGCAACUUCAAAUACCCUUCCUGUCAUCACCUUCUUCUUGGCACUUCUGCUCAGGAUGGAAACUGUUAAUGUGAGAGCCAUCUCGGGGAAGGCCAAAGUACUAGGUGUCUUUCUCUGUAUGGCUGGUGCCAUGACUCUUGCCUUCUACAAAGGACCACAUCUGAAACCCUUGAUAAAUCACCAUCCUUUUGGACAGAGUAGCAGUGAAAAGGACCUAGCUCUUGCCCACACGACUAAGACAUGGAUAAAAGGUUGCUUCUUGAUGCUCACAGCAAACACCUUAUGGGGUGUCUGGAUUGUAUUCCAGGGACUGAUUUUGAUGGAUUACCCUUCGAAGCUUCUCUUCACAGCACUUCAGUGCUUUUUGAGCACCAUUCAGUCGUUUGUAAUUGCCAUUGCAUUUGAGAGAAACCUUGAUCAAUGGAAGCUACGUUGGGAUGUGGGACUUGUUGCUACAGCAUAUUGUGGACUCGUGGUCACCGGUCUUACAUUCUACCUGCAAGCCUGGUGCAUUGAGAAGAAAGGGCCCGUGUUUCUGGCCAUGUCAACCCCACUCUCUUUUAUCAUCACCAUCAUCUGUUCAACAUUUCUCUUGGGCGAACUCAUUAGCUUGGGAAGUGUUUUAGGGGGAAUCUUGUUGGCUGGAGGCCUUUACAGUGUCUUGUGGGGAAAGAGCAAAGAAGAAACAAAUGAGAGGAUGCCAAGAGUUUCCAAUGAAACUGAUUUGCCAGACUUGAAAGAAACAGCAUGACAGCUAUUUGAUCCAGGAGUUGUGUUCCUUCCUGCGGCAGUUUGGUCACUGAAAAGGAGCUCACAUUACCUGCGACCAUGGUCACAGAACAAUUCAGAGCCCCGUAAUGAAAAAUGAAUUUUUUUUUUCAAAUGUUGGCGUGUUCUCAUUUCACUGAGGUCGCUGAUGAAUCGUUUGGUUGUAGGUAAUUAACGGUGGCAAUUGGGCGGGUUGGGUUGGGUUUGGUU